AUGACCUCUAAGGACGAGUCGAAAUGCCCCGCGGGGCUCGAGGAGCGGAGACGCAGUCCGCUAGAUCAGCUGCCGCCGCCGGCCAACUCCAACAAGCCACUGACGCCUUUCAGUAUCGAGGAUAUCCUCAACAAGCCGUCAGUAAGAAGGAGCUACUCCCAUGUCUCACCCAGAGAGAAGCUGCCCUCGGUGGGCCACAGCCUGUCCGGCCGCGCGCUACUCAGCCAAACAUCCCCGCUGUGCGCGCUGGAGGAGCUCGCCAGCAAAACCUUUAAGGGUCUGGAGGUCAGCGUUCUGCAGGCUGCAGAGGGCCGAGACGGCCUGACGAUGUUUGGUCAGAGGAACAACCCUAAGAAACGGCGGAAGUCACGCACAGCGUUCACUAACCACCAGAUCUACGAGCUGGAGAAGCGCUUUCUGUAUCAGAAGUACCUGAGCCCAGCAGACCGAGACCAGAUCGCCCAGCAGCUCGGCCUGACCAACGCACAGGUCAUAACCUGGUUUCAGAACCGGCGAGCAAAGCUCAAACGUGACCUGGAGGAGAUGAAAGCGGACGUUGAGUCCGCAAAGGCCGCAGGCUCUGUGGCCUUAGAUAAGCUAUCCAAGCUUGCAGAGCUGGAAAAGUGCGCGGCCGGGGUUAUAGGCGGGGGUAUGGUUUCAGUGCCAGGCCACACUGAACAUGACACUGUCCCCUCAAAGGCCGACAACCACACCACCGUGAGCCUUGACUCCUGCAUACCGCACCGGUCGCCUCCUUCACCCUCGUCGGAGUGGUACGGGGACCGGCUGAGUAGCAAGUGCUGCUCGGAGGACGAAGAUGAGGAGAUUGACGUGGAUGACUAG